UCACAAGGACCGAUGGGUUGACUCCUGCGAGGCGGCUUCCGGUGCCCCUUUCAGCUGGCGCCUCAUUCCGACUCCUGAGGACUGGGAGCUUGCGCUCUCUUUAGGGGAAGGGCAGCCUGCCUCAAAGCCCCCCGCCCCGUCCUGAAAUCCGGCGGGCGCUGGUCUGAAGGGGCCGGCUCCCUCCUCCCUCGCCGUCGCGGGGGGGGAGGAGGGGCAGGGGGCGGGGAGGCGGCCGCGGGGGAAGCCGACGAGCAGCGGCAGGCGGGCAGAGUGAGCCGGGCGCGCCGUCGGGACACAGCCGCCGUCGCCUUCGCCCUCGCCAUGCAGGCGCGCCGGGCCAAGCUCAAGAUCCCGUCGCUGACCUUGGUGGACCUGUCACCCGGUAGCCAGAGUCCGACCCUCCUGAGCCCUUCCAGUCCCUGUAGCCCCCUGGCACUGCAUCCGUGGAGCUGCCGAAGGAGCAACCGGAAGAGCCUGGUGGUUGGGACGCCUUCGCCCACCCUCUCGCGUCCUCUGUCCCCUCUCUCGGUGGCAACAGCCAGCAGCAGCAGCCCAGCCGACAGUCCCCGCAACUUCUCCACCGGCACCUCGGCCAGCUUUCCGUUUGCCCGCAGCCAUGCGCCUCGAACUGACAGGGCUGAUGGCCGAAGAUGGUCGCUGGCUUCGUUGCCCUCCUCCGGCUACGGGACCAACACCCCUAGCUCCACCGUCUCAUCCUCCUCCUCCUCCUCGCAGGAGCGCCUCCACCAGCUCCCCUUCCAGCCCACCCCGGAUGAGCUCCACUUCCUCUCCAAGCACUUCCGCAGCACAGAGAGCGUCGUGGGGGAGGACGGGCACCGCUCCCCCUGCUUCCGCCCGAGAUCCAGGAGCUUGAGCCCUGGGCGGACGAGCGGGACCUUUGACAAUGAGAUCGUGAUGAUGAACCAUGUCUAUAAGGAGAGGUUCCCGAAGGCCACAGCCCAGAUGGAGGAGCGCCUGGCGGAGACCAUUGCCAGCUUCUCCCCUGUCAGCACCCUGCCCUUGGCCGAUGGCGUCUUGGGCUUCAUCCACCACCAGAUCAUCGAGCUGGCCCGUGACUGCCUUUCCAAGUCCCAGGGGGCCCUCAUCACCUCCCGGUACUUUGUGGAGCUGCAGGAGAAGCUGGAGAAGAUGCUCAGAGACGCUCAGGAGCGCUCAGAGAGCGAGGAGCUGCGCUUCAUCGAGCAGCUGGUCAGGAAGCUGCUGAUCAUCAUCUCCCGGCCGGCUCGGCUGCUGGAGUGUUUGGAGUUUGACCCGGAGGGAUUCUACCAUCUCCUUGAAGCAGCGGAAGGCCACGCCAAAGUGGGCCAAGGGAUCAAGACGGAUAUCCCACGUUACAUCAUCAGUCAGCUUGGACUUGCCAAAGACCCUCUGGAAGAAAUCGUUCAGCUCGAUCAGGUGGACUGCAGUUGCCCUGCAGGGCCAGAGCACCAAGGCGACCUCUCCGAGAACCGGCCCGCUGCCUCUGUCUCUCGCAGGAGACCCUGCGAGAAUGAUUUUGAAACCAUCAAGUUGAUCAGCAACGGGGCGUAUGGGGCCGUCUAUUUGGUGCGCCACAAGGAGAGCCGCCAACGCUUCGCCAUCAAGAAGAUCAACAAGCAGAACCUGGUGCUGCGGAACCAGAUCCAGCAGGUCUUCGUGGAGCGCGACAUCCUCACCUUCGCAGAGAAUCCCUUCGUGGUCAGCAUGUUCUGCUCCUUUGAGACCAGGCGCCACCUCUGCAUGGUCAUGGAGUACGUGGAAGGGGGGGAUUGUGCUACGCUGCUCAAGAACAUGGGCCCCCUGCCAGUGGACAUGGCCCGGAUGUAUUUUGCCGAGACGGUUCUGGCGCUGGAGUAUCUGCACAAUUACGGCAUCGUCCAUCGGGACCUGAAGCCAGACAAUUUGCUGAUCACAUCCAUGGGCCACAUCAAGCUGACGGACUUCGGCCUCUCCAAGAUCGGCUUGAUGAACAUGACCACGAACCUCUACGAGGGCCACCUUGAGAAGGACACGCGGGAGUUUGUGGACAAGCAGGUCUGCGGCACUCCUGAAUACAUUGCCCCGGAGGUGAUCCUGAACCAGGGCUAUGGCAAGCCGGUGGACUGGUGGGCAAUGGGGAUCAUACUCUACGAGUUUCUGGUCGGCUGCGUCCCAUUUUUUGGCGACACCCCGGAGGAGCUUUUUGGGCAGGUGAUCAGUGAUGAAAUAAUUUGGCCAGAAGGCGACGAAGCUCUUCCCGCUGACUCUCAGGACUUGAUCAUGUGGCUCUUGAGGCACUGCCCGCUGGAUCGCCUGGGCACAGGAGGGGCGCACGAGGUGAAGCAGCACGCCUUCUUCCGCAACCUAGACUGGAACGGGCUCCUGCGACAGAAGGCGGAGUUCAUCCCGCAACUGGAAGCUGAGGAUGACACGAGCUACUUCGACACACGCUCGGAGCGCUACCGGCACCUGGGCUCCGAAGACGAGGAGAGCAAAGACGAGGAGUCAUCCCUGGAGAUCCGUCAGUUCUCCUCUUGCUCCCACCGGUUCAGCAAGGUUUACAGCAGUUCUGAGUUCCUGGCCAGUCCCUCUUCCCUGGGUGGCUUCAUGUCGUCUGAGCCGAGUCACAGUGAGGACAAGGAGUACUGUGCCGAGCGCUGGGACCGCGGCUCCAGAGAUGACGAGAAGAGCCGGCUUGCGGGCGCCGAGAUCAGGCUCCGCGCCUGGACCUCCUGCGGGUCCACGGUCCACGCCUUCCGCCAAGAGUGCAGCCACCGUGGCCCCACCAGCACCCUGAGCAGCACCUGCAGCCUGGAGGCCAUGCCCAGGCUGGCCUUCUCCUCCGAGGACGAGAGCCCCUGCCGGGGGGGGCCAGCCAAGCGAGAACGGCCUCUCUUCCUCGUCGGGGAUCCCGAGGAGAUGCCCCCAAAGGCCCCCAGCAAGGCCUCGGCACUGCCAGCUGACCUGGCCAGCUUAAGCCGCGUCCGCCUCCGGAGCAACAGCAUGGGCACCAAGAACUCCACCUCGCGGGGCACGGAGGCUGAGAGUGGGCGGCGCCUGGGCAGCUGCAAGGACUCCUUUGGCAAGCAGCGGACCUCGUCCAGGGGAAGAGUGCCCAAGUCGGCCUCCGUCUCCACCCUCUCGCUGGUCAUCAGCUCAGAUGACUUUGGGGGGCCUUCUCUUGUGAGCCCCAUCUCCCCCCGCUCCCUUUCCUCCAACCCCUCAUCUCGGGACUCCUCCCCAAGCCGGGACUCUCUCCUGGGGGGCACCAGCCUGCGGCCCCCCAUCGUCAUCUACAGCUCGGGCAAGAAGUAUGGGUUCACCUUGCGUGCCAUCCGGGUCUACAUGGGCGACAGCGACGUCUACGCUGUGCACCACAUGGUUUGGAACGUUGAGGACGGGAGCCCGGCCCAGGAGGCUGGCUUGCGAGCUGGAGAUCUCAUCACCCACGUGAACGGGGAGUCUGUCUUGGGACUGGUUCAUAUGGACGUUGUGGAGCUCCUGCUGAAGAGCGGGAACAAGGUGGCGCUGAGGACCACCGCCUUGGAGAACACCAGCAUCAAGGUGGGCCCCGCCCGCAAGAACAGCUCCAAGACGCGGAUGGCCCGGCAGAGCAAGAAGAGUCGCAAGAGGGAGAGCCAGGACCGGAGGAAAUCCCUCUUCAAGAGGAUCUCCAAGCAGGGCUCCGUCCUCCACACCAGCCGCAGCUUCUCAGGGCUCCAUCACUCCUUGUCUUCGAGCGACAGCCUCCCGGGGUCCCCAACGCAGAGCCUCUCCCCGGGCCCUGCCACCCCAUGCCACAGCCCUGCCCCAGACAUUCCAGCAGAUUCCGUCUCCCCGCAGAGCACCUCCCCGCCCUCCAGCACGCCCACCUCCCCGGCAGGCCACAUCCGGCCAAGCUCCCUGCACGGCCUGGCGCCGAAGCUCAGUAGCCAGCGCUACAAGGUCGGGCGCCGCAAGUCAACCAGCAGCAUCCCACCCUCCCCCUUGGCCUGCACCCCUUCCUCCACCCCGCAGCCUCCAUCUCCGCAGAGGUCCCCUUCGCCACUCCCCUCCUUUACGAAGGGAGCCCAGGCCUUCCAGGGCAAGACUCUGUCUCCGCCUACCAUCGUCCGCCAGGCGGCGGCAUCACGUCCCCGGAGCGCCGACGGGUCACGCUCCCCGCUGCUCAAGCGUGUCCAGUCGGCAGAGAAGAUCCCCUCCAGCCUAGCCGAGAAGAAGAUCAUUGGUGGCCGGAAGGUGAUGUUGGAAACCUCGCCCAUCCUGGGGGAUGAGGAUGCUUCCGCUGUCACCACAGAAGGCAACAUGUCCACCCUGGGGGAGGCUGCCGUUGCCCCCCGACUCGGGGGCCGGCCCACGGACCGGGACCAGGAGGUUGUGGUCAUGCGGCGACUGAACUUGUCGGAACGGCGGGACUCGUUCAAGAAGCAGGAGGCCGUCCAGGAGGUGAGCUUUGAUGAGCCGGAGUUCCCCUCCAGUGGCGAGGGCCCCGUGGAGAGUCAGCGGACACCCUGGCAGCCUGGCACCCACAGAGCCUCCUGGGUGGAGGACAGGCCGUGCCGCUCGCCCCUUGCUGCCGACCCCAAGCUUCCCCCCGUGCCCCACAUUGCGGUGGAAGGGGAGGAGCCGGCAGGAGCCGGGGGCGAAUGGGAAUGCCAGGGGUCCUACCCUGUCCACCUGGAGGCUCGCGUGUACAUUGAGCAGGACGACGGGACCACAGCCGUCGAGUACAAGAGCAUUUCCGCCCAGCGCCGGGGGAGCCAGGAGCAGAGCAAGUCCCUUCCGGUGCUCGGGGCCGGGCACAGGACAAGCGGUGGGGUGAAGGUGACGGACUCGCCCCCAGCACACUCCAGGGGGCAAUUGUGGGGGGAUUUGGGGAAUCAGGAGCUGCAGCCUGGGCCGGUUGGAGCCAGCCUGUCCCUGGCUGGCCAGAAGGAGGACUUUGGCCAAGGCCAGACUGGAGCCACAGAGGGCGAGUAGCCCUAAUACCAAGGAUCACCACCUGGGGGCUCCGUUGUCCUGCCGUCAACCACCUUCCCCCCACCCCACCUUCCCGAGGGGUAUCCUCGUAUCCCCCCCACCCGGAUGGGUGACAGAAGGCACCGUUUUGCCCUUUGCGAACUGGGAAAGGAUUCCUCUUUCUGUUGCACUCUCUUUUGAAGGUCCCUCAGACCAUCUCAGGCUGUGGAAGAGUUAGAAGGAGGCACCCCAAAACUCCCCAUAUAUGCUGCGCCCCCCCCCCCGGAGCAUCCACUUUCCUACCUGUGAGUUGGGCGCAUCCUGGGCAGGUGUCUGCGUUCCUGGCUCCCAUUGCACUGGGGGGGGAAAGGCCACCAGCCUUUCCAUGGGGCCCCUCCGCUGCCCUCCACGUGUCCCCGGACUCCCCUCCCCAGCCAGCAGGGCCAGGGGCCGGGGUGAUGGGGAAAUAUGCCACCAGCUGGGGCUUCACCCUGUCCCUGCUGGGGACCCCCAUCCUCACGGCAGCAAUGCCCUGCGGCUAAUGGCAGACAAGACGCAGGCCGGAGUGAAACACCUGGGCAUCCCGGCGCCAGCAUAGAUGCCAUGGUGACCCCUAACCCCGUGCUGGUUCCUGGCAAAGCCCGGAGCAGGUUCACCACCCCCUUCCCCAGGGGCCAAAAUCAGAAGAGUGGAGGGGGAUAGAUGGGUGAGGCUUUAAGGUGUUCUCCACCUCUUGGCCCUCUUGGAGGAAAUGGAAAAACUUUUCCCUCUGUGGUUAAAUGGAGCAAAGAGUUUUGCCUGGAAGAGAGAGAGAGAGAGAGAGAGAUUUUGCGCCCAUCACAGAAGACAGUAACCGGACUAGGUGGGCCAGUCCUCUGUCAUGAUGUCACACGGGGAUUGCCAACAUGGUGCCCUCCUGUUGGUGUUGGAGAAGAGCUCCCUUCGCCACUCCUGACCAUUAGCCAUGCUGGUUGCUGGGGUUGCAACACCUAGAGUGGAUGGGGGCACCCGUGGCCCUCCAGAUGUUGCUGGGCCCCCAAUUCCCAGCAAUGGUCAGGAAUGAUGGGAGGACUGCAGGGCCCCUGGCCCGCCAUUGAACCCCAGGAAGCUGAUCUCUGCUCAGUCCGGCUGAGUGUAUCUAGCUCAAUAUUGUUUACACCAACUGGCAGUGGCUCCUCCCAGCCCCUCCCUGGAGAUCGCAGAAUCGGGUCUGCCUGCAAAAUGGGCCGGCCACUGAGCAAAUGCCCCUCCCCUGGAACUAAGACUGGGAAGGACUGUUGGGGCUUUGCAUGCGGCGCGUCCUGCACUCAGCCCCCGAUGGGGGCAUCCCCGGGGGCGGCUGGGAGAGACUCCCUGCCGGAAACCCUGGUGAGCUGCUGCCAGCCAGUGCAGGCAGUACUGAGGUAGAUGGAUUGAUGGUCUGAAUAGAAUCAAGCUUCAGCAUCCCUAUUCUAGUCCUCAUGGUUCUGAGUGAAAGGCUGAUGUCAACGGGGGGAGGCUGCCGUACGCUGACUGAGGUCACUGGAACAUGCAGCUUGGGAUUAUCUACACAAGCUGGCAGUGGCAUUCCAAAGUUCCAGACUCGGGUCUUUCCCAGACCCACCUGGAUGCCAUCAGGGAUGAGCCUGGGGCCUUCAGCGUGCAGAGCAAGUGCUCUGCCGCGAAGUCAGAGCCCUUCCCUGUUUAUUCAAGUUUCUAGUCCUCAUGGUCUGAGUAAAGGGCUCAUUGGUUUAAACGGGAUGUCCUGGGGAUAUUCUGCCUGCAAAGCAGAUGCUGUCCCCCAACUUCCAGAAAGGGCAGCUUUUGAGGAGCAACUUACCUCAGUCACAUCUGGCUGCAUCUGCUUUUCUCCAAAGGGUUUCCCUGCAGAUCGAACAUCAAGUGGCACUUAAGAAGCAGUCACAUGUUUUUUAUCAUAAGGGUGGUCCGAAGGGAAAAGGGCUCCUUGGCCAGGAGGGUUGUGGCUGCUUGCUUGAUCUCUGUGCUUCCAAAGAAAAAAGGCAAGUGUGCCACCCUCCCUCCCCCCCCCCCCCGGUGACCUCUGGACUCUUGGGCAAUGCUCAGCCAUUUCUGCUAAUUGGAUUCCUUCGAUGAAAACAACUUUCCUGCUGGUUCAUUGAGACGGGCUGCCUGCUUUGGCAAGAACCCUUUUUACCAGCACCCCCCCCUCCAAAAAAACUUUCCUCUGGUGCUUGAGAGGUCAAUGUCCCUGCACUUGUGGGGUAUCAGUGGUCAGCCAUGGAGUUCUCCGAAGGCUUUUGGGGGAGGGAACUCAGAUUGGGGUACCCAAGUAGUUUUGGACUGAAUGGUCUUAUGGGGGGGGCACUUCUUUAGAUGGCAAAAUGUGCAUCAUUCCUUUCCCAAUGUGGUAAGUCUGCUUUCGAGGACCCUCUUCUGUUCAUUCUCCUGAGUGGGACCCCAGGCUUCUGCCCCCAAAGUCCCACCAUCCACGGCACCACUGGUUUUGCUUUGGUUUUAUUCCCAAAAUUGCUUCCCAGUUAAUCUUUCCAGUGAGCUGUUCCCUUCUCAUGUAGGGCUCCUUGAGAGGGUCUGCCUUCUCCCACCUGAACUACCCCCUGAGGAACUUAGCAUUUGAGGACAGGACAACAGAAACGUUGGGGGCUAGUCUUUUCCACGCUUGCCAAGUUCUAAAAAACAAAGAAAAAGGGGAGGAUGUGGUUUGUCUCAGUAUGGUUGAUUUAAAAACAAACACACACCGUUCUUGGCAGGUUGUGCCUGGUACAAGUCUGUUUGAAAAGGAAAAAUAAAAUAAAUUAUGACUGAA